UCUUCAGUCUAAAAAACCCCAUGCGCGGACUUGCAGACAUAUGAAUCUUAAGACUUGAAACGGAAAGCUCGGUCAAGGUUAUCCAAAUCUCGAUCAGACCCAAGUGUAGUAUAUGAUGUAACGUUUCGUUUCAGCUGCACGCAACAGCUGUGCUCUUUAAUUCGUUGUCGACUGACCGCCCGACCUUCAACUUAAUCCUUUUCCAAAUAAAGCGCGUGUGCGAUUUGAAGAAAGCGUGACUUUGCUAUUGAUGAUAUUGCGAAACAUGAAAGUAUACGUCAUAAGCCAUUUAAGGUAUGAUUAUUUUCAGCAUUUUCACGAUUCCUGAGGCAGCCAUCUUCAAUAUUCACCACCACGUUGACAGAUUCUCGUAUCAUAUCGAGCCAGUGCUUGUUGAAAAUGCUUUCAGCGAAGGUUUUUCUUCUUGUAUUUACUUUUUUUGCAACUGGUAAGUUUUUACAAAACAUGGUGUGAUGCUGUUCUUCAAAAUAUGACACUGCGUAGAUUGUAUAUUCCGGGUGUUCAACAAGUAGUCUGUGUUGUCUCGUAAUAUUGAUAUUAGCCAUAACGUCGAGUUGGGGGCGAUUCCAUCGUUAUUUUCGACAGAAUUCACAUGAACUGAUUUAACGCUUUUUCUAAAAGCCCCUCUAAUUUCAAACUUAUGGUGUUUUCGAUCUUCAAAGACGCCGCAAUCCUUAACCCAGGUUACUGUUUUAUUCCGAACCAUAAACAUUCAUGUCCCAAAGAUUGUUCCCUGUAACUAAGGUAUGAGCCUGCUUGUUUCUCAUUGGCACGAAACCAUGAAUCAUCGAAACCUGUAACACGUACCUCCCAGAGCUGGAGAUUGUUUCGUGUAACCUCGUACAGCAUCUGGAACCAGCAGUAUUUGAAACCAACAGCAUUUGGAACCAGCAGCAUUUGGAAUCAAUCCAGAAAUAGUUAAAGGAACUACAUCAAUGCAAAAUCCCAGAUUCCAUGUUGCCGUGCGUCUGAACAGUAAUAGAUCACAGAUGACAUCAAAAUGUGGUGCAGCUGAGAACGAAUGAAAAAGUGGGGCUCGGAAAAACUUGUUACGAACAUAAAAACAGGGCUCGGAAAAAUACCACGCAACUCGCCGAUAUCCGCGCAUAUUGUAUAUGUUAUCACCAGAUUAGGUGUAUGUCUUCCACUCAUUGCGUGAUUUUCGACAAGCCGAUACUAAGGAACGUCUGCGGGGACUAAAUUUUGCCUCCUCUUAGAAGUUUUUUUUUCUGUUCAAGUUAACUUUUGCUUCAUUUCGUUUUAGUUUGUUUUAGUGUAAAAGAAGCAUCAGUCUUGUCAAAUACACCCGAACAAUUGGUUUACGUAUUUGGAUCCGAGGGCGUCGACAUCAUAGACCCGAAGAGCAAAGAAGUGUUGCACAAGAUCACUGACGGUAUCUGCACUAGGUCAAACAAUCGUUUUUCCAAGUAAGGCUGUAAACCCUUAAACAUGUUAAAAGGAGAAUUUUAUAGAAAUAUCCCGAUUUUACCGAUAAUAUCCCACACGGUCAAACAGGCACACCAGCAAGUAAAAAAAAUUGAUGAACAGGCCGACCAUCCGAGCUACAGACAUAUAGGCUGAUCGAUUCAUUGACCUGGCCCGGGUUGUUCAAAGCUGGGUAAAGGUAACCCAGGGUUAGUGCGAAAUUUGAUUUCAGAUCCGAAAGCUUUAAGAGAAAGUUCAGUUUAAAUCUUUUUGCUUGCAAUUUCAUCAUUGGAUUUUCUAAAAAGAACUGUGAAAAUUUUCCCUAAAAGACUUUUGAACAAAGAAAUAAAGAAACCUGAAUUAAAAUUUAAAUUUUCCCUAAAAGACUUUUGAACAAAGAAAUAAAGAAACCUGAAUUAAAAUUUAACCCUGGGUUAGGGCUAAUCGGUCUUUGAAAAAUUGGGCCCAGACGGACAUUUCUGACAGACAGACUGACAAACAGACAGAAAUCCGUACAGACAAUUCGACCAAACGACUGAGCUUUAAGUGGUACGAAUUUUCCCCGACGUAGACACACUGCUUUUCAAUAACGAUUCCGUUUGCUCGUUAUUCUAGGAAAAAUUGUUCUUUUGGAGGAGUUAUUUCUGUUAAGGAUGAACUGAUUUUCUUCAGCGACAGUCCUGGGAAUCGAGUUCAUGUUAUUGAUGUGGAAAAACAAGAGGUGCGAUUAGGAAUAACAAUUCAUUAGCAUAAUGACAUAUCUGGGGCGCUUUUGUAUAUUGCUCACCAAGAAAAAUAAAAAGAGAAAAAUCCACCAGCCUGAUUAAAUGACAUACCUUAGCUUUAAGUCAUACACUUCCUGAAUAUUUCUCAGUAUUUUCCCCUUUUUUUUGCGCUUUAUUAUUGCAAAGCAAAGUUUGGUUUUUUUAUAACAGACAUUUUCAAACAAUUAAGUAAUGUGCAUGGUCUGUAAGCCCCGCUCACCAGAGGGGAAGAAAGAUUUGUUGCAACUAUGCGUUCCUUUCAAGAUCUUAAAAUAUCUAAAGAUGUACUUAAGAGAUGUCCUUGCCUUUGAAGGUGAAAGAGACAAUUAAAACUGGGGGAUAUCCUUAUGACUUGUACUACCUUCCCUGGUUAGAGGAGGUCUGGGUUCACGCGUGGACGAGCUCUACGUUUGACGUCAUCAGUACCGCGGGAAGUCUUAGGAAGACACAUACCGCCAUUAAAGCGCAUGUGCAACCGGGUAAGUACCACGAAGACGUAGAUAUAACAUCGUAAAAAACAAUAUGAAAUAAUGUUCUCUUGUAUCAAAUCAUUGUUAAUUAAUGAACACAACGGCAUUUUCAUCGUUUUUUCUUUCUUUUUUUCCUGAUGAUUACAGAAUUUAAAAAGUACAUCACAAUAGAUAGUUCUAAGUCUAACCAUGUAAAGAGAUCCAUCCCAUCCAAUAAGAGAUGCUUGGACCCAAAUCCCAUAAUGCUCCAGAAACCUCUAUGAGCUCUUGCAGGACAAGCUACCAAGCUCUUGCGGAUUCAACUGAUCGUGACCCAGUUCUUUCCUAUUAGUAGGGACUUAAAGAAAAUCACGACAGCGAUGGCAGUGAGAACCUGGCAAAAAAGCUAAUGAGUAGAAAAAUAGCACACAGAGUUUGUACAUUUCUUUACGUCCUCUUGGCAAGGAAAUUUCGACAGCAAUUAAGUCUCGUUUUUACUUUGAAAUUAUCACUACAUCCACAUGUUAUGCUGCAAGGAAGAUAUCACACCAUCAGAAACGGUUAACGCAUCGAGCUACCGGGAAAACUCUAAGGGGAUGAAAGAAGGUCCGUUUUUUCGGAAACUUUUUCCUACACGUUGCUAUAGUGAAAUGUUACACUCUCCAUUAAAUCGUUCUUUACUCAUUCUCAUAGGCUGGACACAUGGUUACAUGUACGCCGACCAGCAAAUAGCGGAUGGAAACUUAGGCUACGUAACACAUAUGUUCAACCCAGGUAUUCAUCAACUCGACUUGUCAUCUAAGACAUACAAAGACUUCGUGGAUGUAUCAAACUAUGGCUGUAGAGGAACUUUCAACUUUGCGUACAGCCCGGUGAAUAGGCACGGCUUUUUUGACUGCAUUGGAUCCAAGACACUCCUACUGAUCAAGUUGUCCGAAGCUAUAAUUUCACAGGACGUCCCUACGCUUCUAAAUACGGCCGGUACAUUGUAA